GCAUGUCUCAGUGCUCACCCAAGAACGUCGGUCCAGAAAUCAUCGCCCUACAACGCCAGCUCCAGCUCGCGAGCUACGCCCAAGACGCACUACACGACGAGAAUGAACGGCUGCGUGUGAGAUACGAGGAACUUCAGCAGGUCUUGGCAGGCAUAGAGCAGGCGAAGGAGAGGAGGGAGAAGAGAGAGAAUGAAGACGGGAUAUGGGAGGGGAAGUGGAAGAAGCUCAAGAGGGGUUUGCAGGAGGUGAGAGAUAGCGAAGCCCGAAAGGUCCCAUCUCGAUCUACGCACGACAUAUCUUUCUCAUCCACAGAGAACGCAGCUGCCCCAUAUUCCGACAAACACCCUAUCCGCCCAUCUAGCAAGAAGCAACGCCGGAGAGUCGUGUCCCCUAGUGACAGCGAGGAUGAAGGUGCGAUGAAGGUUCUACGAGCGACACUCCAGAGGAUUCUGUUCGAAGGGCAAAGCGGAACCAAAAGCGCCGUGAACGCUUUGAUGUACAAUUGCGCGCAGAGAACAACGCCCGGCUUCUGAAAUCUUACAGUAUGUUUCACUACCCCCAUUUCCCUGCACGAGGCCUGUACCCCAUCCGAUCUCUUUGUAGACAAAGCAAUCAUCAAGGCACGCGAUCUACGCUCUCUUCCCCCACCAGAAACCCCAAGCGCAAACUGCCAAUACCGUCCCUACAACCUCGCAAAGGCUCUCAUCCGCUUCGUGAUUCUGCCCGGUGCUGGAGUCGAUUUGGAAGACUUCGGAAGGAAGGGCCUUAGAAACUGUAGCUUCUACCUUCGAGUGAAGGAGGCGUUGGAUGAAGGAAAGCUUUACUACGAAGCUCUGGGGCUCAGCGAAGAAGAAGUUUGAGAUGAUGACGGUAAUGGACGGACGGCGAUGGUUUACUAUGAAGCUUUGGGAGUCGGCCAAGUCUAUGAUGUUGCUGUCGGCGACCGAGCACCAGUGGUGGAAGUCAGAACUGAAGUGACAGCGGAUAGCGCAGGGGUGACUCCCGACUCGCUCAUUUCCGGUGUAUAGAAGCCACACCAGCCCAUACUCGUCGAUCCCAUGUUGUUGUUAUAUCAGUAUACAAGUGUUCAUGUUUUCUUAGAAGGGUCUGGC